CACAAGACGGAGUAGUCAUUAUUAUUAGAACGCGGUGAACAUUCCCCGGAUAACGAGACACGUUCGUCUUGGUCGGCUCGAUAGUCAAUAGAGGGCUGGGUCUUGUUCGUUCCGACCCUCCGUAUCGACUCCCUACCGUAGGGACAAUUUGCCAGGAAUUAUCAACAAUAUCGUGUUGCUGCUAUACAUAUAACUUGACUGCUACUGCUGAUCGAACUCGAGUGCGGCUCUUGGUGCGCCUGCAGGGGCCACACACAGAAACGCUCCAUCUUCUUUUUUCGUGUGUUGCUGGCGUCUGGCGGUGUGUGUCGGACACGUUAUCGAUCCCGCGCCAUCCAUAGCAAGCCAAUUGCUUUCCCGGCUUGCAUGCACCGACGCCGCUUCUUACGGCUUGUUGCGAUAUACGCUUAGCCGCCUCGUCUCUUCUUUCCGUCUGGUUAGCUUACAAAAUCUGUCAUCAUGAUGUACACGGGAACCAAUGCGUUGCAGGAUACGCGUUUCAGUGACAAAGAGAAAAAACUUCUGAAGCAAAUGAAGUUUGGAGAUUCUUUGACGCAAAAAGUUGAUAUGCAAAAAGUAAAGCUGGAAGUCAUCAAGCCAUGGAUUACAACAAAAAUUACCCAGCUACUUGGCAUGGAAGAUGAUGUUAUAGUUGAGUUUGUUAUUAAUCAACUGGAGGAAAAGUUUCCUGAUCCUCGAAAAAUGCAAAUAAAUCUCACAGGUUUCUUAAAUGGUAAAAAUGCUCGCCAAUUCAUGGGCGAACUUUGGGACCUACUAGUUUCAGCUCAAGAAAAUGAGACUGGCAUUCCUGCGGCAUUUUUACAGCAAAAAAAAGAUCAAAUAAAAAAACGCUUGGAAGAACAAGAAAAGCUUCAAGCGUCUUUGGAUAAAGAAAAAGAUAGCAAGGAUAAUAAUGAUAUUGACGGAAAAAUAAAAAAAGAGGAAAAAGAUCGAGCAUCCUCAAAAGAACAUCGCAGAGAACGAAGCCGAGAUCGAGAUCGGAAAAGAAGUAGAUCAAGAGAUCGUUACAGAGAUCGUGAUCGUCUAAGUCGCAAACGUAGAUCUUCCUCCAGAUCACCUAGUAAAGGCUCAAUGAAGGACGGUAAUGAUAUCAAAAUAGAGCGUGAAGGAUCCAUUCCCCGGGAGAGUAAUCUCGCUAUGAUAGCGCUGAAAAAUAAACCAGAAGCUCAAGUUGCUAUCUCAAGAUUGCAAGCUAAAUUGAUGAGCAUUGCAGAUGGUAAAAAGAAAAAUAAUCGAUCUCCCUCAGCUGAAAUAACAAAAGAAAACAAUGAAUCUAAUAAUAAGAUUGCUGAGAACAAAAAAUCACGCUCAAAGUCACCAUCUAUGCGUAAAUCACGUUCAACUUCUCCAUCAUACAAGCAUCGGUCUCGUUCCAAAUCUCGUCAACGUUCAAGAUCAAAGUCUAAGUCACGAAGGUCACGCUCACGCUCACGCACACACUCUCGUCGAUCACGAUCUAUAUCUGUUUCCAAAUCACGUGGACGUUCAAGAUCUAUAUCUAAAUCCCACCGUUCACAUUCAAGAUCAAUAUCCAAGUCAAAGUCCAGGCGUUCUAGGUCCAUCUCCAAGUCCAAGUCUAGACGCUCUAGGUCAGUAUCUAAGUCUAAAUCUAGGCGAUCAAGGUCCGUUUCCAAAUCAAGAAAGUCAAGAUCAAUUUCUAAAUCAAGGAACUCAAGAUCUAAAUCUAGAUCAAUGGAACGUUUUAGAUUACGUCGUUCUAAAUCCAGAUCUCCUAAAGUAAACAAAAGAUCAUCUCGCUCAACUUCACGAUCGAAAAAAUCUAGAUCUAAGAGCAUUGAUAGAAUUAAAUCCAGAAAAUCUCGAUCAUCGUCCGCUUCAUUGUCUUCUAAAUCACGUUCCAAGUCUGUAUCGAAAAGUCGAUCGAGAAGUAAAUCAGGUUCUAAAAGUGUUGAAAAAGUGAAGACAACUGAACCAAGAAAAGCCACAAGUGCUAGUAGUGGAAGUAGCAGUAGUAGUUCCGAUUCUGAAGACAACAAACGAGAAAAGAACAAAAAUGAUUUUGAAAUUCGAAAAAAAAAGGAUGGCGUGCAAUCUAAACGAUCAUACCGGAAAUCCAAUAAAGAUGAUAGUGGAUCUGACAGUGACUCGAGCAGAGAAAGAAAAUCAGCUGUAAAGCGUCGUAGUCUCUCGCCUAGAAAAGAUCGGGAUCGUUCUAAGAAUAGAGAUCGUACUAGGGAUAGAUCACGCGAUAGAACCAGAGAUAGGUCACGAGAUCGAUCACGAGAUAGACGUGGCAGAAGGAGAUCAUUGGACAGGGACCGAGAUCGUAGACGAGAUCGAGAUCGUGAAAGGGAUCGUGAUCGUCGCGAUAGAGAUAGAGAUCGUUACAGCGGUGGUCGUAUGAGGCCACCUUCAGUUCGCAGAGGUUUAAGUAGAAGAAGUCCUCGACGAUCACCAGCUCGUUAUAGAAGACGCUCGCCAAGUCCUCGCAGGAGACGAUCUCCAACUCCACGACGAAGGCGCUCAAUCGAUCGUCGUCGCCGAUCUCGUUCUCGAAGACGUUCAGUUGAUCGCCGCGAUUCUCGAAGACGUUCUCGAGACAGAUCAUCAUCUCGCGAUCGUUCAAGCAGACGAGAUAGAUCACGCGACCGAAGAAACCGUUCGCGCAGAUCUCGUACUCGCAGUCGUGAACCUACUAGUACUAUCCGAGCACCUUCGCGAGAUAAGAAACUACCGAAGACUGAUACAGAAAAUAAAGACAAAGAUAAGCAAUUAACAAAGAAAGUACCCAUCGAAAAUUUAGUUCCACCGCAAGGCUCGGCGAUUCUUAAUAUGCCGGUCAAAAAUGCUGCUCAAGUAGUUGUUGCUGCUGCAGAGGCUGCUGCAACGCAAAUGCAAAAACGUGAUGUUAGGAACGGCAGAUCUCGAUCAAGUAGCGAACAUAGCAGUGAUUCUGAGACAAGUGAAGAAGAAGAUAAAGUUGCACGAAAAGUGCUAUUGCUGUACCAUACGAAAUAUUAUCAUUCAGUAGGGAAAACCCUGGAGCAAAAACUUCUUCAAGAAAAAAAAGAUCGUGAACAAGCUGAAGAACUAGAAAAGAAAAUGAAGGAAAAAGAAAAAGCUGCCAAAGAAGAAUCUACUAAGCGAAUUGUAGUUGAGAAGGAAAUUAGAAAAAAUGAGAUACCUUUACCUAAAAAGACAGAAAGUUUAAUUUCUCCUAAGAAAAUUCCUACAUCAGCAUUACCUAUAAGCAGACAUAGGUUCUCUCGGAGCUUAUCUCGAACUCCUUCACCAUUCAAAAAGACAGAAGAUAUCAUCGCAGAAAAAAAUAAACAACUAAAUUUAUUAAAGGAAGAUAAAGUAACUUCACCCAAAACUGCCGAAGUUACCAUUGCAACUGCUGAAACUUUCCCACUCAAGAAAGAAGAAAAACUUACCAAAAAUUCUUUCAAGCCGCUGUUGGAAGAAAAAAAAUCUAACACGCAAAAAAUAGUUGAAAAUGCUUUGAAAAAAACUGAAAACUCAAAAAAAGCUUCAAAAAAAGACAAACGUGAAGCAUCAUCAGAUUCUGAAAAUAGUGAUUACAAUAAAAAGAAAAUAGAAAAGAAAAAAAUUGAAAAAUCUCGAAAGUCAAGAAAAACGUCCACUGAUGAUGAUAAAUCCGACAAGAGCAGAGAUUCGAGCUCGUCGUCUGAGGACGAAAAGAAAGUUACCGACAAAAAAAGAAAGCGGGACUCUAGCCGUUCCGCUUCCAGAGAUACUAAAUUGAAAGAACGUCCAAAGGAUAGUAAAAAAAAAGAUAUUACUGAAACUGAACUUAAAAGAAAGAUGAAAGAAAAAGAAGAAGAUUCAAAAAAAAAUAAAAAAUCUCGGAAGGAGUCAACUUCCCCAGAAGAUACUCAACGAUCUAAAAAAUUAAACAAAGUUGACGAUGAUAAGUCUCUGCCGAAAAGAUCAAAAAGAGAGUCAAGUUCUGAAGAGGAGCCAAAAAAAUUACGAAAAAGAAGAUCUACUUCUUCCGAAGAUGAACGACCGAGAGGAAAGAAAGUCCGAAAAGAUUCAAGCAGCGAAGAUGAAAUAAAAUCUAAAAAAAAAUCUAGGCGCAACUCGAGUUCAGAGGACGAAGAAACAGAAAAAGACAUGAAAAAGAAAAGGAAGAAUGAAAAUAGUAGUGAUGAAGAAAAAGUUAAAAAAAAACGGAGAAAGAAGCCGAAAACGAGCACUAGUGAAUCUGAGGAAAGCGAAAUUGAAGAAAAGAAAAAGAAAAAGGAUAAAAAGCAUAAAAAACAUAAAAAACAUAAGAAGCAUAGGAAACAUAAGAAGAAAAAAGUAGCAGAAUCCGAUGAAUCUGAUGCAAGUGAGGGUAAUACCGAAGAAUUGGAAAAAAAACUCCGAGAAAAAGCAUUAAAGUCUAUGAAAAAAGGUCAUAGUGUUGAGCAAAGUGAUUAAAAACUUACAGUCACAAAAUUGUAACAUAAAUGUACUUGAUAAUUAGUUUACUCAAGUUUACAACAUUUCAUUUCAUGUUGACCUCAAAAGCCUCAAAAUUUGUAACUACAUACAAAUGAUUGUGGUUUUAAAAUCUUGAGCUCAUAUAAUUGUGAGUAAUUUUUUUGUAAUUACUUGUACACACAAGUAAAACUUGGAUUUGAAAUUUCCAAAAACUAAGAUUAAUUCUAAUAAAUAAAUCAUAAAAGUAAUCAUUAAAACAUAUUUAGCUAAUUAACUCGUACAUUGUAUGCUUGACCAUGAUUUGCCUUGAUUUUUUUUAAAUUAAAUUAUUAUUAAUGAUUAUCUAAUCACAUAGACAAUAUGUUUGUGAUUUUAACCAUGAUUUCUUUAAAAUUUUCUAUCAUAAAGAUGAUUUCAAACCUUA